UUUUAUUUUAUCUCGUUCUCUCUCCGGCUCGCCGGCCGUUGAUUGCAGCAACAAGGAACCAAGAUGGCGGCAGCGGGCGGAGAUUGCGACGUGAUUAUGGCGCCCGCGGCUCCCCCAGCGCUGGCUUCGCAUUCCGAGGAACCGCUGAUGUUGAGCGAAGAGGACGAGGGGACGCGCAGAGAAGCAGAGUCCUUCAAGGAGCAAGGAAAUGCAUUUUAUGCCAAAAAGGACUACAAUGAAGCAUACAACUACUAUACAAAAGCCAUAGAUACAUGUCCCAGCAAUGCCAGUUAUUAUGGAAACCGUGCUGCCACUCUCAUGAUGUUAGGCAAAUUUCGGGAGGCCCUGGGAGAUGCUCAGCAAUCAGUCAGAAUGGACGAUAGCUUUUUGAGGGGACAUCUAAGAGAGGGAAAGUGCCACCUAUCUCUGGGGAAUGCCAUGGCUGCCAGUCGCUGCUUCCAACGAGUUCUAGAAUUGGAUCAUAAAAAUGCACAGGCAGAGCAAGAGCUUAAGAGUGCCAAAACUGUUCUAGAAUAUGAGAAAAUUGCUGAAGUUGACUUUGAAAAACGGGACUUCCGAAAGGUUGUCUUUUGUAUGGAUCGUGCUCUAGAAUUUGCCCCUGCCUGUCACCGGUUCAAAAUCCUAAAAGCAGAAUGUUUAGCUUUGCUAGGUCGCUAUUCUGAAGCCCAGUCUGUUAUAAGCGACAUCUUGCGAAUAGAUGCAACAAAUGCUGAUGCUCUCUAUGUCCGAGGGCUUUGCCUUUACUAUGAGGACUGCAUCGAGAAGGCUGUGCAGUUCUUCGUCCAGGCACUAAAAAUGGCUCCUGACCACGAUAAAGCCUGCCUUGCCUGCCGUAAUGCCAAAGCACUGAAAGCAAAGAAAGAUGAUGGUAACAAGGCUUUCAAGGAAGGGAAUUACAAGCUGGCCUUUACACUUUAUACAGAGGCUCUAGCAAUAGAUCCAAACAACAGGAAAACCAAUGCCAAACUCUAUUGUAAUCGUGGAACUGUUAAUUCCAAAGUAAGUGCCCAGCUUGGAAAGUUAUGUGAAGCAAUAGGAGACUGUACAAAUGCUAUCAAACUGGACGACACAUACAUCAAGGCCUAUCUAAGAAGAGCACAGUGUUACAUGGACACAGAGCAGCAUGAAGAUGCUGUGAGAGAUUAUGAAAAGGUUUACCAGACAGAGAAAACUAAAGAACACAAACAGCUACUCAAGAAUGCACAGAUGGAAUUGAAAAAGAGUAAAAGGAAAGAUUAUUACAAGAUCCUGGGUGUGGAUAAGAAUGCCUCUGAAGAUGAAAUUAAAAAAGCAUACCGGAAACGGGCCCUAAUGCAUCACCCAGAUCGGCAUAGUGGAGCAAGUGCUGAAAUCCAAAAAGAGGAAGAAAAAAAAUUCAAAGAAGUUGGUGAAGCCUUUACCAUUCUCUCUGAUCCAAAGAAAAAGGCUCGUUAUGACAGUGGCCAGGAUCUAGAAGAAGAUGGCAUGAAUAUGGGAGAUUUUGAUGCUAAUAAUAUCUUCAAAGCUUUCUUUGGAACACCUGGAAGUUUUAGUUUUGAAGCUUCUGGACCUGGGAAUUUCUUUUUCCAGUUUGGCUAAACUGCAAAACAGAUCCAUUUCACCUACUGAAAUCCACAGUUUCCCUGACCUGCUUCAUUUAAUUUCAAGUUUCAUCUUCCCUUCAUUGCAUCUCAGCAUUUCUUAGGGCUGUGGCAUUUUUUCUGUUGGAAACAUCAAUUUUUUGUGUGUGCUUUAGAGUGUGAUGAGAAAAUCAGCAUUUGAAGGGAAGGGAGCUGUUAAGAAAUACACAUUUUGUUUGUUUAUUGUUAACUUUAUAUAAAAGAGAGAGAAAGAGAGAAAAAUCUUUGGAUUUCUCCAUUAAAUAAUUUAAGAUUCCUAAGCUGCUGGGACUUCAUUCAGGGAAUCCUUACAUUUUGAAAACUGGAUAUGCCAUGCCUUUAUGGGGUUCACAAUGUGGGGAAAUUGAAUUGAGUUUUUUUUUACUUUGGUUGUAUUGUACUGGCUGUAGCCAUAUUGAACCUUAUUUCCAGAAACAUUUCAGACACUUGAGAAAUACAAAGAAGUUUAUGAA